UGCGGGGCUUGUGCGGCGCUCAGGUGAGGGCGGCGCGGCGAAUGAGGGGCGGGCGGAUAUCGUGCGGGUGUCGGCGGCGGGGAGCAGCACGAAGUAGCAUCCGCGCGGGCUCCGCUUCCUCCUGCCCCCGCCCAGCGGGUCCCGGCCGCGUCCUUUCCGCUCGGCCCGGGCCGGGGCAGCUUAGACGCCUCUUCCCGCCUCCCAACAAAGCCCCUGCGGGAGGCGACGCGGUCUACCGCGGCACCGGACUGAGCUCACUUCCUCGUCAUUUCAAGCUACCGUUGUCACUGCUGAGUGGGGUUUCUUCCUGUAGCGUCCUUGACCCAAAGAGAGUACUGAAUUAAAAGGCUGUCUGUGGAGGUUCUUCAGCAACAUUUCCUGUUUCUCAGGACAGCUUUCCUGGCCACAGAAGGCAGAGGAGGAGAUCAAGGACUCAGAGUGAUGUCAGAACUCAGUGAUGAAGCCAGUGAAUCAGAGCUGCUAAGCCGCAGCCUUUCCAUGUGGCAUGGCGUAGGUCAAAUGCUGUGUCGAGAAGAAUUGGAUAUUCCACUGGAUCUACACACAGCCUCCUCCAUUGGCCAAUAUGAAGUGGUUCAGGAAUGUAUUCAGCGAGGAGAUGCGGAUUUGAAUAAGAGAAACUGUGGUGGCUGGACCCCGCUGAUGUAUGCCUCCUACAUCGGCCAUGAUACAAUUGUGCACCUUCUGCUGGAGGCAGGAGUGAAUGUAAACAUCCCAACACCAGAAGGGCAGACUCCACUCAUGCUGGCCUCCAGCUGUGGCAAUGAGAGUGUUGCCUAUUUCCUCCUCCAGCAAGGUGCAGAGCUGGAGAUGAAGGAUAUUCAUGGCUGGACUGCCCUUUUCCAUUGCAUCAGCACUGGACACCAACAGAUGGUCAAAUUCCUAUUGGACAAUGGGGCUAAUACCAACUGCAGAGAGCCACUGUAUGGAUAUACUCCUCUGAUGGAAGCAGCUGCUUCUGGCCAUGAGAGAAUUGUCCAGUAUCUUCUCAAUCAUGGUGUGAAAGUAGAUGUGAGAGAUAAUACUGGAACCACAGCACGGACACUGGCCAUGAAGUAUGGACACAUGAAGAUUGUGGGACUGAUAGACCUUCACACAGCCCCUGUGCCCAAGGUCUUCUGCAGGGGCCCAGGAAAAUAUGAAGAUCUGAGCUCAUCAGAUGAAUCAUGCUCUGUGCCACAGAGACAAAGACCCGUUCGUAAGACCAAGGGCCCUAGCAUCCAUGAGGGGCCCCAAGCUUUGGCUAAGAUAACAGCAGUUGGAAUUGGAGGGAAGAAGCAAUCUCGAUAUGAACAGGUCCCUCUUCAGGGCUAUGUUACAUUUAAUGAUGAUGGCAGCUUUGAAGGAGAGGCUCUCCGGUACCGGGAUGUCACCUCUCCAAUCAAUGAACAGGACGUGGAGAGCAGUAGCAGCAGGGAAGAAAACAUGUGCUCCACAAGAAACUUGACAACAGUCAGAAGCAGCAGCAGCAGCAGUGAAUGUCUGGCCAAAGCCCUUGGGGUGAGCAGUGAAGGGUCGCUGGAGAGCAAUGAGGACUCUGACCAUGCCAAAAAGCUCUCCAGUCGGAAGCAAGCAAAAAGCUACACAAAGGUCAAGAUCCGUUACAGCAGCAGUGACAGCCAGUGGUCGCACAGCCCUGGAAAAGCCGGAGCAUCUAGUCAGCAAUGCAUGGUCCAUAACCUCCCAGAGCCUCCUGCCUACACAGGGCCCCAGGAUUUGGCAACAUUUCUGGAGCAGAUCGGGUGCCUGAAGUACCUCCAGGUGUUUGAAGAACAGGAUGUUGACCUCCGUAUCUUUCUGACCCUUACAGAGAGUGAUCUGAAGGAAAUAGGCAUCACUCUGUUUGGACCCAAGAGAAAGAUGACAUCUGCCAUUGCUCGAUGGCAUAGCAGUGCCCGGCCACCCAGUGAUGCCCUAGAAUUAGCAUAUGCAGAUCGGCUUGAGGCUGAAAUGCAGGAGCUGGCCAUUCAGUUGCAUAAGAGAUGUGAAGAGGUGGAAAUGAUGAAGGGACAGGUGUCCCAGGAGCAGGAGUUGCGCGCUGUGGUUGAGAGCUGUUUGAUGGAGCGAGAUAUGGCCUGGAAUGAUGUCCAGCUUCAGCUGCAAGAGGCACAGGCCAUCACGAGAGAUGUUGGGGUCUUACUAGAGCAGAUCAAAGCCUGUCAGACUGAGCUGUCCUCCCGGCUGAAUCAAGAACAUGUGGCUAGCAGGAGGCUGGAGACAAAGGCACAGCUGAGAAUGGGUCUUGAAGAAUGGCCAGCUUCCUUGAAAUCCUUGAGCCUGCCUGAGCUGUCAACUCUCCUAGAGGAGUGUGUGGGAGAAAUGGGGAAAGCCCUACAGUCUGUGACUCAGAACCUUACCAGGCUUCAAGACCAGGGACGGGACAAGCAGAACUGGCCAGAGCCCUAACAGAAGAAUGGAGUUCUGACGUCGGGUGACUGUUCCACCCGGAAGCUGAGUGAGUCUGGGAGAAUGAGCACGUGGGCUGGUCCGACAGUUCAGAUCCUUUCCUCUCUGAGAGUGCAGAGGGAAGUUGAAGAGGCAGCAGGUGCCUGGAGGAUGGUGUUGAUCAGCUGGGAGUAUGCUUCAGAGAGCAAGAGACAGCAGAGAAGAGGAGUCAUGUGAGCAAGCAACCCCAUAGUCCCAAGACAGUUGCUUUCCUCAUGCCAAGAGUUAGUGCAUUAGCUGAAACUUUGAGAAUGGAGGAGUCAGUUUGCCUCUGGCCUCUCGUGGAGACCCUACCUACUUUGCCAUUCAGGGUCACGUGAUUUUGAAGAGCCAACUAUAGUCAACCAGCCAGAUUUUCACACCUUCCCCACACUUCUCUGAACCCUUGUAACUCUUCCCUCUGCUGUGUGAUAUCUGCCAGGAGCUGCCCCAGGAAAUGUACGUGGAGCAGCAGUGGAGGCUGGACCAGUGUUGGCUAAUGGGUGCAGCCCUAGAGGUUGAAGGAGCCAGAGCUUCUCAGGCCAUUUCAAGAGUUUGGCCUACUCAUUGAGGCUUGUACAAUCUGAAGCAAAAGCCUUUGUCCCUGCCCAGUUAUCUUAAGGAGUAGGAUCCAGUAGCCCGUAUUUUGUGUUGUGCAGCUCUAUUCUCUUAAGAGCUGCUUCUUCCAUCAGACUGCUGUGGCUAAACUAUUAGGCUUCUGCCUCCAUGGAUGUCAGUUUUAAUUUAUCUGCAUCCUGCUAGGCCCAUACACUCCCUCCUUCCCUAUAAAGAGCUGCCUGGGUGCCCCCCAGGCAGUGGGGCCUGACAUGUGCCCUUGAUUUUUUCUCUCAAGCUUAAAACAGCCCAGGUGACUCCUGGGUUAACCCUUCAAGAGGGCAGCUGUGAGAGGUGCCUCCAUGCUCCCUGCCAUGCUGAGUCAGCCUACUCCCAGAGGUUUCAGACACAAACAGCUUCCCCUGCUGCCAUAACACAGACCCCUUGAAAGUGCGCCCAACAUGUGAGUUGGAAGCACUGCAAGGAGGUAGCAUCUACUGCUCUUGCCUGCUGUGAAUUCAGGCCUGCCCUCUAUGCACUUGCGUGUGACAGGUGCUUAGUCAUAUUGGGCAUUGGGAGCAGGGGUCUCAGCCUUGCACUGGGCACUGUAAAAUGUCCCUCUCGGGUCAUAUUCUGACCAUUGGUCUCACAACCCAUCCCUUCCAGUGCUAGCCUUAGCUAAGGCUGUUUUCUGAGUCCUCACUCUCUCCUCUAACAUCAAGAGUGCCCAUCUUGAAGGGUCACUUCCCCACACUAUAAAAUCUCUUCCCUCCUGUGAGAGCUAAGAACGUGCCUUCACACCUGCCUCAGCCUUGGGCUCCUGUUCUUGUUCCACGGGCUGGGAGGUGCAGUGGAAAGCAGCUACAUCUCUUUACUGUGCUCUCAUGCAGGCUGGAAGUGGGGUAGAUAGGCUCUCUGAGCCACGAGCACAGAAGUGAGGAGAUACAGAAUAGGGCUCUCUGAAGUCCUUGGUCACAAACUACUUCAAGAUCGUUUCAGGCUGGACAUAAGGAAGAAUUUCUUUACUGUCCGAGCCCCCAAGGUCUGGAACAGCCUGCCACCGGAGGUGGUUCAAGCGCCUUCAUUGAACACC